CCCUUUCCUUUCCCUCCCCCUUUCGCCGUCCCGUCCCUCGCCGCUUCCUUCCUCCUGUCUGUGCCAUGGAUGGUGUUGUUACAGAUCUUAUAGCAGUCGGUUUAAAGCGUGGAUCUGAUGAGCUUCUUCCUUCUGGUAUCACUUACGGGCCUUUUACCAUGAGCAGUUCUACUCCUGCUACAGCUAAUGGGAAUGAUAGCAAGAAAUUUAAAGGAGACAGAUCUCCAUGUUCCCCAUCUCGAGUCCUUCAUCUUCGUAAAAUUCCAAAUGAUGUCACUGAAGCAGAAGUCAUAUCUCUAGGUUUACCUUUCGGCAAAGUAACAAAUCUCUUGAUGUUGAAAGGAAAAAGCCAGGCUUUCCUAGAAAUGGCUUCAGAAGAAGCUGCUGUUACCAUGGUGAACUACUACACUCCCGUUACUCCUCACCUCCGCAGUCAGCCUGUUUAUAUCCAGUAUUCCAAUCACAGAGAACUUAAGACGGACAAUAUGCCCCAUCAGGCCAGAGCUCAAGCUGCAUUGCAAGCAGUGAAUGCUGUACAGUCUGGAGGCUUGGCACUUGCAAGUGUUCCAAUUACUGAGGGUGGACUACCCCCCGGCCAGAGUUCUGUUCUUCGAAUUAUAGUUGAAAAUCUCUUCUACCCUGUAACUCUAGAAGUGCUAUAUCAGAUCUUUUCCAAGUUCGGGACUGUUUUGAAGAUUAUCACUUUCACAAAGAACAAUCAGUUUCAGGCCUUGCUUCAAUAUGCUGACCCAGGGAAUGCACAUUAUGCCAAAAUGACUCUUGAUGGUCAAAAUAUCUACAAUGCUUGCUGCACUCUUCGUAUUGACUUUUCCAAGCUCACAAGCCUUAAUGUAAAAUACAACAAUGAUAAAAGCAGAGAUUUUACUCGUCUGGACCUUCCUUCAGGUGAUGGGCAGCCUUCCAUUGACCCUACUAUGGCUGCUGCUUUUGGCACUCCAGGCAUCAUCUCCUCACCAUAUGCAGGGGCUGCUGGCUUUGCUCCUGCCAUUGGCUUUCCCCAAGCUGCAGGUCUGUCGGUCCCAGGUGUUCCCAGUGCGCUUGGUCCUCUUACGAUCACCACCUCUGCCAUGACUGGGCGGAUGGCCAUCCCAGGAGUUACUGGAAUUCCUGGAAAUUCUGUCUUGCUUGUUAGCAAUCUGAAUCCUGAUGCAAUCUCACCAGAUGGGCUCUUCAUCUUAUUUGGUGUUUAUGGUGACGUUCAUCGUGUGAAAAUAAUGUUUAAUAAAAAGGAAAAUGCCUUGGUUCAGAUGGCAGAUGCAACCCAAUCCCAGCUAGCCAUGAAUCACUUAAAUGGACAAAAACUUUAUGGGAAGGUGCUUCGUGUUACGCUCUCAAAGCAUCAGACAGUACAGCUCCCUCGUGAGGGACAAGAGGACCAGGGCCUGACUAAGGACUAUAGUAAUAGCCCUUUGCAUCGCUUUAAGAAACCUGGCUCAAAGAACUUCCAAAAUAUCUUCCCACCAUCUGCCACUCUGCACCUCUCCAACAUUCCACCUCCUAUAACAGUUGAGGACUUGAAGAGUCUUUUUGGAAAUACUGGAUGUAAUGUGAAAAACUUCAAAUUCUUUCCAAAAGACCGCAAAAUGGCUCUCAUCCAGUUGGGUUCAGUGGAGGAAGCCAUCCAGGCUCUUAUUGAGCUCCACAAUCAUGAUCUUGGAGAAAAUCAUCACCUCAGAGUUUCCUUCUCCAAAUCUACCAUCUGAUACAUGUUGGACACUUUCUUUUUAAAGACUCUACCCACAGUUAAGAGUAAAACCUUCAGACAGAGACUGGAGUAGUCAAGAUAAACGCUGCAUCCUUGAACUAUGAAACUCGCGAUAAGUUGAUGUGUAUUUCUAUACACACAAUGAACCAAGGGAUGAUCUUUCUAUAUCUCGCUGUUCAAAAGGCUAAUAAUUUUCCAUGAAAUUUUCUUAUCUAGUAUUUAAUAACAAAACAUUUUCGGUAGAAGCCCCUGUUUUGAAUGAUUUCAGGAACAUAAUUUUUAGUUUGUUCCAAAAUGACCGUACACAACAUUUCUGUGCCCCAUUAAAUUACCCUAACAAAAAAUGCCUUCAAAUUAAACUUAGCAGAUAGCUUUAAAAUACUAAUAAAGAAUGUUCAUUUUUAUCCUUUGUGGAAUUUUUUGAUGGACUUACAUUUUAAUUAACACCUAUUGAAACUCUUGGAGGAAAGGCAGGGCCUUCUUUCUCCUUGAAAUACAAGAAUUUCCAAAUCAUAUAGCUGACACCAGUAAAUUGUCUUAAUGUGCUCAGUGACACUUUUAUCUAGGUAUAAAAUCAUGGCACGAGGUUUAGUUUUUAUUACUAUGAAAUGAUGUGUAACAGCAGUUUUGGAGAAAAUCAAAUGUGUCCUGAUUUCCAUUUUUUUUUUUAAUUUUUACCUUUCUUUCAGAGAAAAAAUGUUUACACUCUUAAGGGAAAAAAAUUCAGGUCUGUCAUAUGGUUUGACAAAUUUUUAGAAAGGUUAUUUUUGGUAAGGUCUUGUUUAAAAACACAAAGUUAAACCUCAAGGGUUUUUUGUACCACUAUAAUCUCUAAUACUUAAAUCAGAAUUACUGUGUAUUUACUUAAUUUCUUAUGUGCCUUAUUAUGUGCUUAUAAUGAUACAAUAGUUUAGAGUUUUAUCUGAAGUAUCUUAAACUGUAUUGUGGCUUGGCGAGGUUUUUUUUUUCUUUAUCUUAGUUUUUAAAAGUUUGGUGAUUUAAAAAAUGUUUUAAUAAGUAAUAGUCGAAUCAGAUUUCUGGUGCUUUGGUACAGGGGUGGGGAGGUGACACUGAAGACAAUUCAGGGACCAUCCUGUAGGCCUCUUCACAAUAUUUUGGGGGUUGCAGCUGAGUGGCAUCACUGUUGGGCUCUAAAGAAUGUUCUCCAGUUUCUGGAUGGUAUAUAACCUGUUGAGCCAGUGGCUCUUUGAGAAUAUUUUUGUCUCAGGAUUCCUUUUCACUCAACAGAACUGGGCUUGCUGUACUAAAUGUGGACUUGCUUUCCUUCAUAAACAUCAUAACUUCAGUACUGAAUGUUCACUCCUGUUUGGAGAGCAAGAUGAGAUGCAAUUCUUUUUUGUGUGUGUGAAAUAGGUAUAUACAAGUUAUUUCUAUGAUUGUAAUACAAUGUUUUUAGAGGUGUCUCAAGAUGUUAUGUCUACUGAAAUUCUUCAUUGUUCGUAAGGUAUUCCUCAAGUUUAAGGGUGAUUAAUCCUUAAAUAGUUUUGCAGUCGGACACAGAUUUUUUUUUUUUUAAGAAAUGAAUUUGAGUGUAAUGGCUGGUAGUGCUUAUUCAUCUUAGGGAUUUUUUAGCAAGUCAAAUUGUUCUUCUGAAAAUAUGGUUCAGCAGAACUCCAUAGCAUUAGAUCUUGCUCAGAUCUCUUUUUAAAAAUGGUAAUUUUUAAUUUGAUAGCUUGGUAAAUAUUCUUGAAAUGCAGGCUUCUUGGUAAUAUUGCUGUAGGAUGAAAGGAUAGGCAGUGAGACCGUUGCUUCCUUAAAUUAUACAGCUAUAUUUGGGUAGAUGUUCCCAAUUCCAGCUGAUCAUGAUGGGAAACCUUUGGACACUUAACUAAAACUUGUGUAUUUUUUACUUGUCAGCAGAUACAUUGCUUUUACACAGAGAAAUUUUAGUGUCCACUAAUGACUGGUCCUAAGUUCACCAUGACUUCACAGCUGUUCAAAAAUAAAGGUAUACAACUAGUAAAGGGUAUCAAGAUCUUCCCUCAGUUCAGCAGUGGGAUUAAACAGGCGCCUGACUUCAAUAUGGCACUUGAUCCUGUCAUUCAGCUGAUAUCAGUGGAACAUGGCUCUAAGUAAGCAUGUUCAGGAUGACAGUCUAGUUAGGCAUGAGAUAACUAGCUUAUUGAAGUAGGGCUGUAAUGAAUUGGCUGCCUCCUUAGCUUGGUUAAAGUUUCCUUAAGUUUGGUCACCAUGAUGUGUUUAAUGCUGCUACAAAGGGGGGACAUUAUUGGAAUUGAAUGUAACUGUGAAGCAGGAAAAAACAACCUGAAGUUUUGAGAAUGAGCAUUAGCAAUGUAUAAUAUCACGGGUGAGGGUGGGGUGUUUGUGUGUGUUUGUGUGUGUGUGCAGUGUGAAAUAUUGUAUGUGUAUGCAGAUACACAUUGCAAACAUUUAAUUUAUUGACUUAACUAAUCUUUAAAAAAGCAACUUUGUAGUGUUAAGGGAGAAAAAUGGUCAACAUGAGAAAUAGCUUCAUUCUGUCCCUAGAAAAUGUCAUUUCUACAAUCAUUGCCGUUUGUGUUUUGUAGGGCAUACAUUUUUAUAUGCUGGCGCCUUUAAAAUGGUUCAACCAAAAUUUGGAUGGUAGAUACCUAUCUUGUGUGGUCCUGUCAUAAUUAUAUUAUCUGUUGUAGUGCAUGUGUUCUCAACACUUUGUGGUUGGCUUAUUUUCACAAGGCUGUUUUCCAUAAAUUGCAUAUGUGAGCAAUGGCAGCACACUUUGUUUGCAUGUAAAACAAUUGUUCCAUUUAGAGCAAGUUAUAUUUACUUACCUUUCUUUUAAAAAAUAGACGCCCUAACCCUUUAAUUGAGGUUAGGACAACACUCGCUUUCCUAUUUUCUUGUUUUUUAUUCCUUUGCUGCCGAAUGGCGGCAUUAGAUUCUGCUUCAGAGGAUGUGGUUAUUGGAUAGCAGCCUCUGUGCAAAGGGUUCCUUAUCAAGCACCCUAGUACAGAAUGGCCAGUUAUCCAGAGUACUUGAUCUUUGCUGGCAUUCAUUUCAUCAACUGAGUCUCUUCUCUUUUCUCUCACCAUUAAUCCUCAAAGUGAUUGAAAUUAACACUGUGUGACCCUCGCAAAUGCUUUGGAGUUGAAAACUGUUCCGUUCUCAGUCUUCUUCCUGUCAGAUAUUUGAAUCACUGACUCUACAGCUGAUAAAAUACCUUCAGGUCCCUAACCAAUUAACUAACUUAAUGUUUUGGCUGCAAAGACUUGGCAACAGUGCCUUUUAAUAUACCGGAGGAAGGGAAGCAGUGUCUUGAAUAAGAAUCUGUGGUUUAAUAAACUCCUAUUAACUGUAAGAAUAAAUAUUUUUAUUAAAGUAAUAUGUCAUAUUCCAAAUUACAUCCAAAAUAGCUUUGAAAUUAGGUCCAGGGCUCAUCAGUGUUGUGAAAGAGCUGUGUUUAAAAACUACAUUUCAACUAAAUAGUCCAUUUCAGUCACUUGUGACUCUCAUUACUAGAGCCUAAGCCAUAAUAGCUUUCAUCCUGAGGGCAAAAAGCUGCUAGUUUUGGAUAAAUACUGGAAGGAAAAGUAAUCUCUUUCUUUCUUUUGUUCCAAAUUGGCUUAAGGAGGGAAAGAGUGCGAGUUUGUGGUCAGCACAGACUGCUGGUGUUUCAGUAGUUCAACAUAUUGGAGUCUUUGCUUAUUAGCCUUACAAACGAUUAGAGAAGCAAAUUUUAGAACUGCAAUUAAAGCUCGGAUUGCACUGUUUACUUAACUCACAGUGGCAACCCUAUGUCUUUGCAAGGUAUAGAACUUCAAACAAAUAUUCCUUUGUUAAGUCUUUCCCAGACUUGGUUGCCUUUUGUCUCCCUGUCAGUUGCACUAUGACUGUGCUUGGAGGAUACCUUGAUGGCUCUCUGUGCCUAUAUAUCCAAAUGUAGCCUUGAGUUGUCUGUGUGGCACCUCUUUUUAUUUCUUUUCACAGAUGGAGAAAUUGUAUGCGGUGGAAUUUUGUUGCUGUAAAACAUAGUGUAUAGGCUUUCUUUCGGUAAUGAAGAAACCUCAGAUUUUCCUGUUCAGUCUUCAUCCUGUCCUAUGUAGUACAUAUUGAUAUUUUCAAAGGAGAAGGGGGCUGAGUGGUUAACUGCAUUAAAGCCAUUAUGUUUGCCUUUUACUUUUUUGGUGGACUGGUAACUGAAAAAACUGCCACAUUUAAACUGUUGUGCUGAUAACUGUUCAAGUUGCACAGAGAUUUUCUUGAAGCAAAUUAACUCCUAAUUGUCUUUGCAAAGAUCUGUAUAUUACAUAUGAGACUGUUCUCUUAACAAAUCUUAACAAUUAGGAAUUAUUUGAAAUUGAAAAACUUCUAAAACUUAAUUUCAGGGUUUAAAGAAAAACACAAAAUGGGACCAAAGUUUAUGUGCCUUCGGUAGAUGUGUAUUUUUUUUUCUUUUGCAAACUUUCAGUCUUUACAAAUCAAUACUCUUGUUUUCAAGAAAAUAUGUAUUUAUAUAGUAAAAACCAAAUGACCCAUGAACUGUCCAUUUGUGCAAUCAGUUGUAACUGUUCCAUUUGGGUUUGUUAUCCCUUUGCCUUCUGCCAUUGUAGCAUCAGUAUGCUGCAACAUGCAGGAAUCCAAGUUAAAUUCUUCGGCUGUGGUUGCCCUCGAUAGCUUGCAGUGGAGAAGUAAGGGGGGGGGGACCUUAGUAUCAAGACAACCAACCCUCCAUGAUAAGUGAAGGGUACGUGUUUUGGGGGAACUUUGGUCCUUGAAUCUAUGUCCAGUAUUAGGGAUGAUAGUGGAAAUCUAACCAGCUGUAUUCUUGGAUUCAUUUCUUAAAUGUUUUAGGUUUUUUCCCAAUUCAUCCUACAGUUCCUGUAAAUGUUCAAAAAUAUGGUGACUGACCAAGUAGAUCGUUGCACCAGAUUGUCACCUCAUUGCAAUGACCAAAGAUUGUCUGCUCUGCUUAUAUACUGAGACAUCUUGUCAGUUUUCUCUUCAGCUCUCUUUUCUGAAAGACUCUGCAAGUGGCCUUUUUAUGAAUGCUCUCGGUGAAUGGACCACUUGAUGAGAGAAGCUACUUUUAAAAAAUGUGAACCAAAUGUAAUGGCAUAAGGCAAGGGGCUAAUGGACUGCUUAGUACUGUAUUUUAAAAAGGAGCAUGCUUACAGGAGUCAGACAUUCCCUAAUUUUUCAUGUGUUCCUAAGUCCCUUUUUCAGUUUGUAAAAAAAUAUUAAUCUAAACACAAGAAAAUGCUGUAAAUAUUUGUAACAACAUUUUUUACCUGGCAAAAAAAAAAAGGUUUUUGGGAACAAGUAUAACAUGGUUUUUAUAUUAAAUAAAACAUCGAUUGUCUUGUAUAUUUUGAUAAGCAACAAUACCAGCUUUCAUUUGUUAAGCAGCUUGCGGCAUUGGAGGGGAAAAGGAUUCCAUGUUGUUCAGAUGACUUGAUGUUAAAAAUGCAAAGAAGUUGAAAUAUUAAAGAAACCUAUUUUCUAA